CACACGAGAAAUAGCACCUGCAUUCAUGGCCUCUUCUUCUCCAUAUUUUCUCUAUCUCAUUCUAAUUUUCCUGCUGCCAGUUUAUGUUGUAGCUCAAACAUAUCAGAAAAUAGAGUUGGGCUUCUCAUUAACUGCAGCACUCAAUAUGAAUUCUUCCUGGAGAUCUCCAUCUGGUGAUUUCGCAUUUGGAUUCCAACAAAUAAGAGCUGGUGAGUUCUUGCUUGCCAUAUGGUUCGACAACAUACCUGAAAAAACCAUUAUUUGGUCACCACCCAUCGAUGGUGAAAAGCUGGUGGAAGAAGGAUCCAAAAUUCAACUUUCAGAAGAUGGCCAGUUCAGACUCACUGACGCGAGAGGUGAGAAACUAUGGGAUGCACAAUUGACUGGCUCUGGUAACGUUUUAUACGCAGCCAUGUUCGACACAGGAAAUUUUGUUCUGGUGAGCCAGGACUCCAACUUGUGGGAGAGUUUUAAUCAGCCAACUGACACAAUAGUACCUACACAGAUAAUGAAGCGAGACAGCAAACUUGUCGCCCGUUAUGCAGAGAAGAAUUAUUCAAGGGGAAGGUUUCGUUUCCUAAUGCAAGGGGAUGGAAAUCUCGUAUUCUACGUCACUAGCUUCCUAUGGGACACAGUGGAUUUAAUAAAUAGAGCUUAUUGGGCAUCCAAUACUGUAAACCAAGGCUACCAGUUUGUCUUCAACCAGUCUGGCUAUAUCUACCUAGCAGAUAACAAUGGAAGCAUACUCUACUCUUUUACAUCAAAAGAAACUUCAUCUACGAACUAUUACCAGCGAGCAAUCCUAGAGUAUGAUGGGGUCCUCAGGCAUUAUGUCUAUCCAAAGACCACAAAUGGUAUUACUAGAAAUCCUAUGAACUGGUCCAUGCAGGGGUCUGAACCUUCGAAUAUUUGCGACAUUAAGGAAACACAAGGUAGUGGUGCUUGCGGAUACAACAGCUACUGUAGUUUUGGAGAUGAUCAGAGGCCUAGAUGCGAGUGCCCACCUGGAUACUCAUUCUUUGAUCCAGAUGAUAAGAUGAGAGGGUGCAAACAGGAUUUCAUCUCACAAGAUUGCAAUGGAAACCAAGAUGCAGAUAAUUUUGAAUUCAGGGAUAAGCUCAACAUGGAUUGGCCAGGAACAGAUUAUGGAUAUUUUAAAGACGUUACUGAGGAUUGGUGUAGGCAAUCCUGCUUGACUGAUUGUUUUUGUUCUCUUGCAGUCUUUAAAGAUGGUGAAUGUACAAUGAAGAAAUUUCCUCUCUCUAAUGGGAGAAUGGAUCCUAACCUUGGUGGAAAAACAUUGAUCAAAAUAAGGAAAGAAAAUUCAACAUACAAAUCUCCUGACAAAGGAUCAAGGGAGGGUUCGAUUGACGGGCGUUCAAGAGAGGGUUCAACCUUUGGUUCAAAUAAGGAGGACAGGUCAACUCUAAUUCUUACUCUAACUAUGCUCUUAAGUGGCUCAUCAUUUUUGGACCUUGUUCUGUUGAUUGCUACUCUUUGGCUUGUUUCACGCUUGUGUUAUUGGAAAAGAAGGAUGCUUCAACCUUCCAGAGCUAACCAAGGCACAAGUUUGCGAAGCUUCACAUACAAGGAGCUUGAGGAAGCUACAAAUAAAUUCAAAGAAGAACUUGGAAAAGGUGCUUGUUCAACAGUUUACAGAGGAGUUAUUGACAUUGGUAACAAGAAUAUGGUCGCCAUAAAAAAAUUGGACAAGAUAAUGACAGAAAGCGAGCUGGAGUUUCAAGCAGAAAUAAGUGCAAUUAGCAAGACAAAUCACAAGAAUCUAGUUCAGCUGCUAGGAUUCUGCAAUGAGGGACAACAUCGGCUUUUGGUGUAUGAAUACAUGAGUAAUGGAUCUUUAGCAUCUUACCUUUUUGGAAAUUUAAGGCCCAAUUGGUAUCAAAGAGCUCAAAUUGCUUUUGGAACUGCACGAGGGCUUGUUUAUUUACAUGAGGAGUGCAGCAACCAGAUCAUACACUGUGACAUCAAGCCUCAAAAUAUUCUACUAGAUGACUCAUUGACAGCAAGAAUUUCUGACUUUGGAUUAGCAAAACUUUUGAAGACAGGCCAAACUCGAACUGUUACAGCAAUUAGGGGAACAAAAGGAUAUGUAGCCCCUGAGUGGUUCAAGAACAAGCCUGUCACAAUCAAGGUUGACGUUUACAGCUUCGGGAUUCUGCUGCUAGAGCUCAUUUGUUGUAGGAAGAGUUUUGAGCAAGAUUCAGAGGAUGAAAACCAAAUGAUACUGGCUGACUGGGCAUAUGAUUGCUAUGAAGAAGGGAGACUGUACCUGCUAGUUCAGGAGGAUGAAGAGGCUAUUCAGGACAUUAAUAGGGUAGAGAGGUUUGUGAUGAUUGCCAUUUGGUGCAUUCAAGAUGAUCCAUCUUUAAGGCCCACUAUGAAGAGAGUCUCACAGAUGCUAGAAGGAGCUGUUGAAGUUCCUCGUCCUCCAACCAUUUCCCCUGUUAACGUAUGAGAUCAAGUCUAUUAAACUAAUGUGGUGGCAGUUACACAAUUUAUUUUUGCUUAGUGGUGUAGCAGUUUAUUUUUGCAGUUGGUAACUUCUUUAUGUUUUUAGCGGCUGUCAUGUAUAAGUUACUUUUCUUUGAAAAACUGACAUGUAUGUUUAUGUUUGCUGAGUUAUAUCAGGAAAACUCAGUAUAUGUUCUUUGAUAUCAGGGUUAAUGUUCAUGUC